ACAUACAAAUACAACCAACUGUAUUUGCCUAUAAAAUACAAUUCUUUAUUUUACUUGUCGUAGAAUUUUAGAAAUGCUAAAUAUAUAAUGCUAAUCAUAAUAUUCAUUAAGAAGAUUGAAUUUCUACUUAAAACUCAUGACACCUUAUGACAGAGAAAAAUCAAUGCCAGAAAUAAAGAACAAUAUGUCCAUCGGCAUUUCAACUAGCAAUGCAGAAAGGCAAGGUAUUAAGGUCCGUCCGAGUACGCAGAAGGGUACGGUAAUCAAUCAUGUAUUUCAAAACGACUAUGCAACUCAAAAUGAUUUACAGCCAUCUCAAUCUUCUAGUGGUAGAAAUGCAAGGGAAGAAGGGAACUUCCAUAGUCCACACGACAAUAGUCCUUUGUCAAGAAAAGACGAUGAUUUAAAAUCUACAAGAUCUAGUCGUAGCCUAUCUUCUAAAUCAAUUGCAUUGGAUGAUCUUUAUUAUUAUAAACAAAAGGACAUGGAAAACAAUAGACUAAACAAAAUAUGCACCCAAAGUGACAGUGCUGAACUGUUUAGUUCAAAACUCAAUAACAAUGGAGAGCUUCUUGUUACCGAAGAUGAGAACUGCUUUAGACUAUCAAAACCAAAUGUCCAUCAAAUGCAAAACAUCGGUACCAGGGAAUCAAGUAUCCAACUCAAUCAAAGUGUAGACGAUUUGAAUGUAAACCGCCAUAAAACCGGUCACAAAACAGUUUACCAAUCUAAUAAGCGACGAACAUCGUAUUGGAAUUUCGAUCCCAAAGAAUAUCCAAGUGAGGCGAGUGAAAUAGAAAUCGAAGCUGAUUUCAUAAAUAGUCCUGAUAAAGACAAAAGUUCAAGUUCCAGCUUUGGAUCAUCUGACACACACCUUUCGCCGGAAAUGGUAGAGGGCGGUUCAAACUAUGUACAGCCUGAUUCAGAAGAAGACGUCGAUAAAAGAAAAACAAAAUUUGGAAUAAGAAGUACGCUGAAUCAUACAGAUUACUUAAAAAGCAAUACAGACAAAAAUGACGAUGCAUCAAAGAAUUCAGAAGAAGCUUAUGCAGACUUUAUUGCUGAAAUUGAGAGGGCUUUCUUUAAACAAAAAUCUAAUUCUGAAAACACUGGGAACGAAGGAUAUAUUGGUGGAUUGGAGAAAUUAAAAGCAUUAUCACGAUCGAUUGAAAUCACAGAAUCAAUCAAGAAUAAGGAUCAUAAACAGCAAAUUUCAUGCAAAAGUAAUGAGAGAAUCAAGCUUGUUCCCGAAGAAAAUCAAAAACAAGGUAAUUCAGUGGUGCUUAGAACGUCAAUUACGAGGAAUAGUGUUAACUAUCCUUCAAUAGGAAAUGUCAGGAUGAAACAGACCAAAAAAGACCUGUGGGUAAAAUCACAAACGGGAGAUGUAACCAAUAGUCUGACCAACAGAAGAUCUAAUGCAAGAUUGUAUUCUGUCAACUGGCCUGUUAAAGGAGAAGAUUUAAAUGGAAAUAUGUGCAAUAUUCCAUAUAACUCAGAUCAAUCUAUUUCUCAAAUGUACCAGUAUUGGCCCAUGGAUUACGUUUGGUAUACUAAUCUGUUAAAUUAUAACUUCUACGUCCAAAACUUGAUAUCUUUGGAAAGUACGUAUACUAAUCCAGGCAUUGUGCCAGCCUACACUGGUGUCGCUGGUUACAACUGGCCAACGAUUAGAAAACCUUUAAGAAACAGUGAACUUGAAGAAAAGAGAGAUUACCCGGUAUACGUAAAACCGCCACUUCUAGGCAAUGAAGAAACUGAAAACAUCCGAAACGCGUUUCAAAAAUAUGUCAGUUGGUUAAAAUACAAAGUUUACACAAAAACUGUGAGGUUAAGAAAGCAAAAGAUGAGAAGAGAAAGGAAUCACAAAUUGAUGAUAAUUUCAAAACAAGCCAAACCUAAGGAAAUGACCCAUUCUGAAACCGAGGAAACGGGACCGAUGCCUAAAAAAACAGAAGAAGAACCAGAACAUUUAGAAACAAUAACUGAUGAUGUAACUAAAUUGGAGAGCAAUUUGGAAAAUUACACAUGGGUUCAUCCAUCAGUUACUGGCUUGGAAUUCUCCACAGCCAAACCGUCUGAAUCACGCCAAAACAAUGAUUUAAUUGAAAAGGAAGAAUUUUCUAAAUAUGUAUCAACUCCAGAAUCUAAUCCAUACAAUAAAUUUACGAAUAUAUCACAACAUUAUGAAAGGUCAAGCAAAGAACACCGAGAUGCGGAAUACAGAAUUCCCAAGCAAAAUACACAAAGUAAAUUUUUCUUUCAUCCAAUUUUGGGCCCAGUUUGUAAGAGGAAAGAAUCAAUUGUUACUCAGUUAUAGCAAUAUGUUUCGUUAUUUUUAUCGUUGACAUAUCAUGUAAAAUACGAAGAAUAUUUUUGUACAAAUUGUAAUUUAUUAUAGGCCUAUACACACUACUAUUAAACAU